GUUUUUUAUGAAUUUUUUGAAACGAUAUUGAAGCUGCAUUGGUUGUUUUCUGAAGUAGAAUGAGACGGAAUGCUCUGAUUUUAAUCUCUUCUAGGGAAUAUUAUCACCAAAUAUUCCUCCAUUUUACCGAUUGGUGAUAUCUGAGACCUUAACCGAAUUAUAGGUUUCAAGAUAAUGAAAGAAUUGAAGGUUGUAAAUCUGCAGAACAAAACUUUGAAGCGAUAUAUUGUCGAGGAAAUCAAAGAGAAAUAUUUCUGUUACAACAGCACCACCGCCACCACCAACAACAACAGAAGACAUAACAUACUGAAACUUCAAAAGCUGUGCAUUAUUCUAUUUAAAACAAAGUUUGCCAAUAGACAUGCACUAGAAAGUUUGGAUGUUCCAUCUCUGUUUGCUGGCGUUUCAUUUUUUAACUUUUCCAUUGGGUUAAUCGACUUCAAUAUAUUUCCCGAGAAUUUUUUAAACAGUCUGUUAUCUACCACAGUUAUGUUACUUUCUUGGGUAUUCGAUGAAAAAGCAAGCGAAACCACCUUCAAUUCUAUUCAUAGAGGCAAAGAUUUAAAUGAUUAUUUAAAGCCUGAAAUAAGAAGAAAACACUUCAUAUACUUAUUAUCAGAUUUCAUACAGAAUCUCUUCAUUUCCCACUACUACUCUGAUACUUUUACAGACGUUUGUAUAAUAAAGUUAUUAACAGAUAUGCUCAAUUUUCCAGAUGAAAAAGUAGUUCAACGUUCAUUGGUUUGUUUGAUUUGUUUAAGUCGAAAAGAAAUUUCCCGCCAGAAAAUGGUUAAAUUGUUGAACAUCCAUGUGAUUAUGAAGAUUUUAUCACAUGAAAAUGCAAUACAAAAACGCUUAUCAACCUGCCUUAUGUAUAUGUUGAGCGCAGAAGAUGAAUAUUUAAGAUGUCUAUCCUCUAACCCAGCAGUGAUACCGAAACUGUUAUCGCUUAUUUCGAACAAUUUAAACACAAAGGAGAAAUCAGAGGAAAUCGCUGAACAUAAUGACGAUGCUUUUAACAUUAUCGAAAUGGGCGAUUACUUCAUGUUCAUCCAGCCAAUGGAACGAAAUAAAAUUUAUCAACACUUAGCUUCUUUUGAAAUAUACACCAUUUUAUGUUUAGAAAAAUUAAUGAAAAUAAGAAAAUGUCAAAAACUUCUUCGAAAUUAUAAUGGAAUAACAAUUGUAUUGAAUUGUUUGAAGGAAUGUCUACGAAUAAAACCAGAAUGUAACAACAAUACUUGUCAAACUAUUGGGGUAACUGUCUCUCCGAAUUGUAUGUCAUCGUUAUCAAAUGUUAUACAGCCAUCAGAAAAUUCUACUUAUAGAAUAGAAUGGGUGUAUGAUUUAAACCAGCAUACUAUUCAACGCAAUACAGCUAUAUGUUUAAUUUUAUCUGAAUUAGCAGUGAAUGAUUUUUAUGCUAAAAUUAUCGCACGUGAAAAUGGAAUACACCUGAUUGCAUCACAAUUAUUAAUCAAAUAUUCUUUAGAACAGGAUAAUGAAACAAUGAAAAACACUAAGUCAAAACUGGGAAUGCCAUUUGAAGCUGAAAAUCAAUCCACAUCUGAGUUUACUUUUACAAUGAAUCAUUCAGUGGAUAUUCAUCACUUGUAUGCAAAUGCAUUUUGUGCACUACGUAGACUUUUUGUAUCUGAACAUAAUCGUCGCUUGAUCAAAUCAUUUUUACCAUCUUCUUUAUUGUCUGAAUUGGUCGAAAUUGAUAUCACAUCAAGAAAUAUAGAAGAUUAUAAAAUGUUGAUUAAUUUGUUUGAAUCGUUAAACAAAGAAGAAGAAAAUGAACUCAAAAUUGGUAUCAUUUCAUGUGAUGUAUCUAGGGCACCAGUUCAUUUUAUACGUGAAUAUUCUAUUAACGAAUUACUUGGAACUGGUGCAUACGGUAAAGUUUAUAAAGCUUUGAAAGAAGAUACUCCGUCCACUUGUUAUGCCAUUAAAGAGGUCAGUACCUCUCAGGUAUUCCUUGGAAAAAGUUUGGAUGAACGUCAAAAAUGUAUCGAUCGUGUAUUGAAUGAAGUGAACAUUAUACGCCAACAGUUAAGACAUCCAAAUAUUGUUCGUUAUUAUAAAACAUUUUUACACUCUGAUCAACUGUAUAUUGUAAUGGAAUUGUUAGAGGGGGUUUCGUUAACAGAAUUACUUGCAUCUACAAAAGAGAAGAAGACAUAUUUCAGUGAAUCCCGUGUAUGGAAUAUAUUUGUACAGUUAUUAUUAGCAAUACGUUAUUUACAUAACGAAAAGCAGAUAUUACAUCGAGAUCUAUCAUCAAAUAAUAUAAUGAUCAGUGAAGGAGAUAAGGCUACUAUCACAGAUUUUGGUUUGGCAUAUCAUAGAAAACUGGACUUAUGCGAGACGAAGUCAACUGUUGGUACAUUAAUUUAUGCAUGUCCGGAAAUGAUACAAAAUCUACCUUAUGGUGAAGGUGUAGAUAUUUGGGCAUUGGGUUGUAUUCUUUAUCAAAUGUGCACAUUCAUCUCACCAUUUCAUGGGGAAUGUAUUCUGAGUACUGCUUCACGUAUUGUUAAGGGUGAAUAUGAAUCUAUUAGAAGUAGAUGUCAAAAUCAAUAUUCUCAUCUUGUAGACGAAGUUAUAAAAGCAUGCCUUAAUCCUGAUCCAAUAAAAAGACCUAAUGUUACAGGUGUUGCUGUUUAUCUGACUAGUGUUAUCUUGUCACAACUGGAUGCUUCCCGUCUUAAAUGUUCAAAAAUGAAAGCAAGAUUGAAAGAGUUUCAAAGUACUUUCACGUGUGACUUUUGCUGUUCAUCAAGUUCUAUUCAAAAGAAAUUGGAUGGAUUAAAUACGUAUGAAAAAUAUACUACUGUCAAUAAUAUCAGUAGUCGUAUAUCAAUGAAUAUAUUUUCAUCUCACGGUAAUUAUCUCAAGGAUUCCUUGUUCGUACUUUUAUUACAGAAUGGCAUAUCUAUCUUAAACGAAGAAAAUACAUCUGAAAUGUCAACUCCACAAAUAAGGCGAACAGUUGUACUGAACAAGAAUAAUCUACGUGAAAUUAAUGAUCCAAUACUUGAUAUGGUUUCAGUUAUGCACAAGUUGGGAUAUCUUUGUCAAGAAUUACCAUUGAAUAUCAACUCAAAGUAUCAUGUUGUGCAGUGCAUAAUACAAAGCUAUCAACGUUUGUUAUUUGCUGCUGGUAUACAAUCAACUUUAUUGAAAAGUGAACUAUUCAAACUUGCCUCUUAUAGUUGUGAAUGUGUGAAUAGUCGAUUUUUGGAGGCAAACAUAUACACAGUUAUAGAGGAAGUUGAAAGUGAGACGAGUAAUUCAUUGUUCAGUAUUCUUGAAGAAUAUUCACCAGAUUUGGCGGUCACAUUGAAGAGAACCAAACAAAUCGACUAUGCUAUUUUAAUGUAUUUAAUUAACUUAUUAUUAAGGGAAUGUACAACAUACUUUUCUUCAAAUAAUGAACAACAUCUAGAAUAGAUGUUAAACUAUCACAUUCUGUUCAAAAUGAUCAAUGUCUGUUUAAACGCUGGUUUAUCAUUUCACCCAUUUGUAACUAAAUUUUCCCGAAUAUAUUUUCUAAAAUAGCAUGUUUAUACCUCCAGUUUGAUAAUUCAUUUUUAUAUUAUAGGAAACAGAAUACUUUCCUUGAUGUCAUUAUUAAGUACAAGAAAAACUUGUGACAAUUUUAUAUUCUUUAGUAGUGGAAUUGAUUUCUAAUAGAAGUUGGCUGAGAGACACAGUUUAACCAGUAAUUCUCAUCUAUCCAUUAUCUUAUCAUUAUCUUUCUUAUCAUUGAAUUCCUUUGUCAUAUUUGUCCUUCCCCUACUUUCAGUUUUCAUAUAUAAUGCCUUAACAAGUAAAUAUGUGAUCAGAUUGUUCGAAAUGUAUAGCGCUAAUACAUCACAUGUUAUUCAGAUAAUCUACGUCUUCUAAUUACAUUAUCCAAAUUCAUAAAAGGGACUAAUUGUUUCAAAAAUCAUU